AUGCCUUGGAUAAGAUUAAUUUCAGGAUCGUGAAAAUCUCUCCGUAUCAUGGCCCACGUGAGACACUUUCGGACAUUCGUUUCAGGAUUUUACUUCUGGGAAGCAGCACUGUUACUCAGCUUGGUUGCAACAAAGGAAACAGACAGUGCAAGAUCUCGAAGUGCUCCAAUGUCACCUUCUGACUUUCUGGAUAAAUUAAUGGGGAGGACAUCAGGGUAUGAUGCAAGAAUCAGACCCAAUUUUAAAGGCCCUCCUGUUAAUGUCACAUGCAACAUAUUCAUAAACAGCUUUGGCUCUAUCGCUGAGACGACAAUGGAUUACAGAGUCAAUAUCUUCCUUCGUCAGAAGUGGAACGAUCCUCGCCUUGCAUAUAGUGAAUACCCUGAUGAUUCUUUAGACCUAGACCCUUCCAUGUUGGACUCCAUUUGGAAACCUGAUUUGUUCUUUGCCAAUGAAAAAGGCGCCAACUUUCAUGAAGUUACUACAGACAAUAAAUUGUUAAGAAUUUUCAAGAAUGGAAAUGUUCUUUACUCAAUAAGAUUGACAUUAACACUUUCUUGUCCAAUGGAUCUCAAGAAUUUUCCAAUGGACGUGCAAACAUGUAUAAUGCAACUGGAAAGUUUUGGGUACACAAUGAAUGAUCUCAUUUUUGAAUGGCAAGAUGAGGCACCUGUACAAGUGGCCGAAGGACUCACUUUGCCCCAGUUUCUGCUGAAAGAAGAGAAAGAUUUACGAUACUGCACUAAACAUUACAACACAGGCAAAUUUACAUGUAUAGAAGUGCGAUUCCAUCUUGAACGACAAAUGGGAUACUAUCUGAUCCAGAUGUACAUUCCCAGUCUCCUGAUCGUGAUUCUAUCCUGGGUUUCAUUCUGGAUCAAUAUGGAUGCUGCUCCAGCCAGGGUAGCCUUGGGAAUAACUACUGUUCUGACUAUGACCACACAGAGUUCAGGAUCUCGAGCGUCCUUACCAAAGGUUUCAUAUGUCAAAGCUAUUGACAUUUGGAUGGCAGUAUGCCUCCUUUUUGUGUUUUCAGCACUUCUGGAAUAUGCGGCUGUAAAUUUUGUAUCUAGACAACACAAAGAACUUCUGAGAUUUCGACGAAAGAGAAAGAAUAAGACAGAAGCUUUUGCAUUGGAGAAGUUUUACCGUUUCUCAGACACGGAUGAUGAGGUAAGGGAAAGUCGAUUCAGCUUCACAGCCUAUGGAAUGGGACCAUGUCUGCAAGCAAAAGAUGGUGUGACCCCAAAGGGCCCAAACCAUCCUGUCCAGGUAAUGCCGAAAAGCCCUGAUGAAAUGAGGAAGGUCUUUAUCGACAGAGCCAAGAAGAUUGACACCAUCUCUCGAGCUUGUUUCCCAUUAGCCUUUUUGAUUUUUAACAUUUUCUACUGGGUUAUCUAUAAAAUUCUUAGGCAUGAGGAUAUUCAUCAGCAACAAGAUUAA